AUGCGGCCACCAAAGGCGGUCAUCAUGAACUCGCCUCCAUCGCCGGAUGGACCCUCAGAAACCCACCACACGACGCAGACACAACCAACUGGGGCAGUCAAGCAUGGCACCCUAAGAAUCAACGGCUCAGUGACGCCGGAGUCAUUUACGCCCUCCGAACAGCCCGUAGACAACCAGAUAAGAUGGCCAGAUAUUCCCAAGAAAGUCACACCAAGAAAGCACACACGAAAGCGUCCCACUGACAACGAUAACGAUUCCGCGGAUGACUCCAUCGCCGAAGACUACGCCGACGACGACACCAACCUAGACAUUCCGGCUAAGCGCAGUCGUACCGACAUUGCCAACACCACUCCGAACCGCACCGAUAUAGACAUUUAG